GCCGCGGACAGCAACAGGAAGAAACAUGGCGGCGGGCGGAGGGGAGCUCCGCGGUUCCUGAAGGAAAACCGUUCGCCGCCAUGUACGCCGCCACCUCCUCCUCCUCUUCUCCGCCGCCGCCGCCGCCGCCGCCACUUCUGUCCCCCCCGCGGCGGGACUUCAUCUCGGUCACGCUCAGCGGCGGCCAGUUCCAGGCGGGCGGCGGCGGCGGCGGCUACAACAACAGCAAGGCCUGGCGGAGGCGUUCCUGCUGGCGGAAAUGGAAGCAGCUGUCCCGCCUCCAGCGCAGCAUAAUCCUCUUCCUCUUUGCCUUCCUGGUGGUCUGUGGGAUCAGGACGUACGCCAAUAUGGCCGACCCCUGGAAAAGUGAGACCAGCCGAUCUUUGGAGGAGCAGAAGGCGGACCUGGAGAUCCCUGGAUUGAAUCCAGCAAAUCAGGCCAUUCUCCCGAUCCCCCAGAAAGCGGAUGCCAAUCUCAGGGACUUUUCACCUCAAAAACCUCCGAAACAGAUUCCUGUCCGUCGAGGGCCUCCGAACCUGCAGAUCCGGCCACCUUGGCGGGAGACGGAGGCCAGGUCCCAAGAAGCGGAGGGGAAACCUGGCCAGGCACCUCAGGUGCAGGACCCGGAGAAGCCCGUCAUUAGCUGGAGGGGAGCCGUGAUUGAGGCCAACCCGAGCCCCGAGCCGCCUUCCAAGAAAAUAAACCACCUGGGGAGGCCUUCCGCCGUGGCAUCCGAGGACCAGAAAGAGCCAGGGGCCCUCAAUAAGCGCCAGCUGGCCGUAAUCGAAGCCUUCCGCCACGCCUGGAAAGGCUACAAGGAGUUUGCCUGGGGCCACGACGAGCUGAAGCCCAUCUCCAAGUCCUUCAAUGAAUGGUUUGGCUUGGGACUGACGCUCAUCGACGCGCUGGACACCAUGUGGAUCUUGGGCUUAAAGGCAGAGUUCAAAGAAGCCCGAGAGUGGGUCGCCAAGGAACUGGACUUCAAGAAGGACGUAGAUGUCAAUCUCUUUGAGAGCGCCAUUCGUAUCCUGGGGGGCCUUCUGAGCACCUACCACUUGUCUGGGGACAGCCUCUUCCUGGAAAAAGCGAAAGACAUCGGGAGCAGGCUCAUGCCAGCCUUUAACACUCCUUCCAAGAUCCCCUUUUCGGAUGUCAACAUUGGGAAGGGCACAGCCCACCCCCCACGCUGGACCUCUGACAGCACUGUGGCCGAAGUGACCAGCAUCCAGCUGGAAUUCAGGGAGCUCUCGCGCCUGACCGGUGAAGACAAAUUUAAGAACGCGGUGGACAGGGUGAUGAGGCACGUCCACUCCCUCUCCGGCAAGAACGACGGCCUGGUGCCCAUGUUUAUCAACACCAACAGCGGGCAGUUCACCCACCUCGGAGUCUACACCCUGGGGGCUCGAGCGGACAGCUACUACGAGUAUUUGCUCAAGCAGUGGAUCCAGGGAGGGAAGAAGGAAAACGAGCUCCUGGAAGACUAUAUGAAGGCUAUUGAGGGCGUGAAGACGCACCUGCUCCGGAAAUCCUAUCCGAAAAGGCUGAGCUUUGUUGGGGAACUCGCUCACGGCCGUUUCAGUGCGAAAAUGGAUCACCUGGUCUGCUUCUUGCCUGGAGUCCUGGCCCUCGGCGCUCACAACGGGCUCCCUGCAGAUCACCUGACCCUGGCGGCGGAGCUGGCGGAAACCUGCUACCAGAUGUACGCGCAAGUGGAGACCGGACUGAGCCCCGAGAUCGUCCACUUCAACAUGCACCCGCAAAAGGACCGGAAGGACGUGGAGAUCAAGACCGCCGAUAGGCACAACCUCCUGCGUCCCGAGACGGUGGAGAGCCUCUUCUACCUCUAUCGCUUCACCGGCGAUAAGAAGUACCAGGAUUGGGGCUGGGAGAUCUUGCAGAGCUUCAACCAAUACACCCGGGUCCCGACGGGCGGCUACACCUCCAUCGACAAUGUCCAGAGCCCCAGCAAUCCAGAGCCCAGGGACAAAAUGGAGAGUUUCUUCCUGGGCGAAACCCUCAAGUACUUUUUCCUGCUCUUCUCGGACGAUGUGAACUUGAUCAACCUGGACCACUACGUCUUCAACACGGAGGCCCACCCGCUCCCCAUCUGGCCGUCGGCAUAAACCGAAGCCGGGCAUCUGCCGUUCCCAGGUUCGACCCCGUCCCGAUUCCAGGGACCCGAAGGGAGGCGUCUAGCGGCAUUCCUGGUGAAGGGGAGAAUUCCCGGAGGAAUUGUACCUGAGGGAAGGUGGGGAAUCACCGCCCCCCUCUCUGAAAAGGGGCACCCACACAAGGACCGGGCAAGCGGGCCCCUGCCGUGCCAGAUCCUGCCUGGCCUAAGGGGGAGCGCAGGACUCACUUCGGCCCAGGGAGCGCCUCAAAACUAGCAAGGAGGGGACCCCUAUGGAGGCUCCAGCCUUCCUCCAUUGCCUCCGUCCCGUUCAGUAGGAAAGGGUGCCCUUGUUCCCAGGUAUCCCUCCCAGUGUCCCCAGGGUUUCCCAGGAUCAUUCCACGGCCGCAGGUAGGGGUGGGGGAAGGACGAUGCUGUCCAGAGGAGACCCCUCCCCCUCCAAAACAGUGUUCAGUGCUGGCAUCCUGAUCCCCGGGGGCCCUUGGUGUCAUCAGGGGAAGGAAUUUGUGCCCCGUGUGCAAACUGGGGAGAAGAUGGAUGGGGUGGUAAAUAUAUAUCUAUAUCUAAAUAUAUAUAUAUUUUCUUAACUUAUCUGCAGCAAUGCAGGGAGAAAAAUGUGAACAUUUACAUUAUGAAAAAAAACAAAAACCGGGAGGUUGUCUAUGUAGGAAUUUAUAUGUGCAUAUUAUGAAUAAUGUCUUGGCUCAGGUAUCCUUCCGAAAAUGCUUCCUGCAAGGGGUCCUCUUCCAGCUUGGAGGCCCCAGGGGACUGUUGACCUUCACUUUGCAAGCAUAUUGGGGGGACGGGGGCUAGAGGGCAAGGAAGCAGCGGGUCACAGAGUCCUUAUCCCCAGAGAGGAUUCCUCCCGCUAAGGAUUUCUGCCACGCCUCUCGUGCGCGCAAAGUCCCCCCUGGAAAAUUGGGCUUAAGAACCAAGCAACCUUCCCUCUCUGGCUUUUAACUACCAGCCACAGCGGAAGCUCAUUUGCUCCUGCUUUACACGUUGUUGUGAAUUUUGUGUCUGUCUCCGAGUCAGGACAAGUGCAGCCUGCAGGGUGAGAGGCGGUCUCCCUUCGCCAGGCUCUCUGGCCCUUUCAUCCCCGUCCUUCCUGUCCCUUCCAGCUUUCAUGGCCCUCCCUUCCCCUCUCCUCCUCUUCCCAGUUGCUUAAUCUCAGCACUUUAAAGUGGGGGCAGAGGGAAGAGUCCUGGGACAAUCUUACCCGGUUUUGGUGGGACUGUUAUUUUGUGUAUUUGGGGGCCUCCCAAUACAUGCUUGCUGCUGCACACGGUGCACCAACCGCUUUAAAUCCCGGCCCAGCAGAGGACGGGGAGACAAACUGGCAUUGCCCCUCUUGGCACAGAGGGGAGCUGCACGAGGUUAACGGCACCGCUGGAGCUGUGGCAGGAGAAAGUGGGUUUCAGAGGGACCAGUGAUCCUGCUUCUUCUGUGUGUGCCCCAAACAGAAUGCAUGUCUCCCAAGACGGGGGGGGGCGUUUGGUGCUACCUAACCGGUGGGACGGUGCAGUGGCCAAGAGGCUGAAUCAAGAAAACAGUGGCUCAGAUCUUUUGGUGCGCACCUCGCACUCCGCCCCCCCCCCCCCCCCCCCGCGAUAUCCCAAGGCCGGUGGCUCCCAAGAAGAGGGAGAACCAGAUGCUUUGAACGGUUGAAGCACAACAGUAUCCUAAUGAGAAAAGAUUUCUUUCCAAUCUUCUUACUGUAACUCUGGACUUCUGGAGAAAUUCACUUGCCACGUUCUUAUAAACGGUGUCUUGUUUGCUGUCGAGGCCACAAAGUCCCAACUGAAUUGGGGAGGGGGGAGCAGUCCUGGCUUUCGAGGGGGUGCUUGCAAGGCACCAUCAGUUUCAGUUUCCUGUCUCCCCCCCCUCCCUCCCUUUAAACAGACCCUGGAAUUUAAAAGCCAUACUGCAAAUCCCCACUUUUGGGAGGCCGACACUUUACUUCGAACUGGUGCCUUCUGGUUUCAAGGGGAAGGAAGGAAGGGCUGGGAUGGUUCCCGUCUCUGAAGGCAAAGCAGUUCCUCCAGCAAGCAAAGCCUAGAGCUGGGCUGCAGACCCUCCAACCACUUUUCAAGCAAGCCCCCUGGGACGUUGGUUCCCUGGAUCCUUCUCAAGAGGCUGAACGGCCCCCCACCCUCGCCCACCCCCCAGUGGAGGAUUGCUUCGCUGUUUUGUUUACCGGUGCACAACGCCGGUGGGAUGUCCUCCUAAUUUUGGAGAUUUGUUCAAGAGAAAUUUGCCACGUCAGGAAAACCUGGCUCAGUUUUCAUCUUUUGUCUUAUUCCGCGUGAUUCCCCUGCCGUCUUAUCACGGCCAGUUCAUCUCGUGUCUUAAGAACGGAGGAGGGAGUCCUAAAUAAUCAUGCACACACUUGGGCAAUUAGCUGUAAGCGGACCGGGGGCGGCUUUGUGACUGCCAAACUUGGUAGAGAAUCUGGGCUCUCGUGGGGAGCACCCUGUGGGCUCCCAUCCUUCCCUCUGCAUCAUUACUUUCAAAUUACCUUCUCCCCCCCCCUCCCUUCCUUCCCUCUCCCAAGAAGAGGCAGACUUGUUGAAGCCUCGUCGGUGUGAUCUGGUCCAAAGUAUUUGUGAAGUGGGAUUGAUUUCAAAACGUGAAAUCACCUUUUUUUUGCAAAGGUGGGGAAAAAAAUCUCCGAAAUGAAAGCGAAUCUCAAGUGAUUUUGGCUGGGAAGUUAAUCUGCAGAAUUCUACUCCACCACUUAAUAAAACUUCCAAUUUUA